AUGCAAUUCGCAGUACCUCCGCGGCGGAGCCCUCUGCCUAUCGCCCGAUCUUCACACAUGCCGAGCUAUCGCAGGAAACAACUCAAGUCGAUCGCAGUGAUCGCAUCCGCAAUACUCUCCCUUCUCUACAUCUUGCACCAUAUCUACUCCGCCGCCUCCCCUUCCGUCACAGCAGAUCCUUCGAGUGUUGUGAUCGUUACACUAUUCGACCGCCAGCGGCUCAGUGAAAGCUACGUCAAGAAGGUUGUCGCAAAUAGGGAAGACUAUGCGAAACGCCACGGGUAUACGAACUUCUUCGCGAGUGUCUCCGACUACGAAGACGCAAUUGGCGAUGCCCCGAGGAGUUGGGCUAUCGCGCCGGCCGUUCGCCAUGCCAUAGCUACACAUCCUGGAUCGGAUUAUUUCUUCCACCUAAGCCCUCACUCGCUGAUCAUGAACCCCACCAAGUCGCUCAAGUCACACAUACUUGAAAAGGGCAAGCUUGAAGAGCUGAUGAUGAAGGAUGCUCCUGUUGUGCCCCCGGACAGCAUAAUCAAGACAUUCGCACACCAAAAGGAGAAUGACGUCGACUUGAUUAUCACGCAGGACAAGGAAGACUUGAAUCCCGGGAGCUUUAUACUUAAGAGCGGAGAAUUCGCCCGCUUCUUUCUGGACAUGUGGUUUGACCCUCUGUACCGUGGCUAUAACUUCGCUAAAGCUGAAACACACGGACUGGAUCACAUCUUGCAGUGGCAUCCGACUGUCCUUGCGCGGACCGCUUUGGUACCGCAGCGCACCAUCGGCUCGUACAGCAAAGACUCCCUUCGGGCUUCUUCAGAUGGAACUUAUAAGGAGGGUGACCUGGUGAUUCAAUUUCGGGGAUGCGAAUUUACGGAGGGCCGCGACUGUGAGCGGGAGAUGGAGCCAUACUACAAAAUGUGGCUCAAAAUGACCCAGAGUGACUAG